UUGGCGGGCACCUUCGUUCACCUUGUAGAAUGAUAACCCAGGACUCAGCUGCCUGCAAACCGUCCUGUGGAGUUCCCAAGGCGCAAAGGCAUUGAGCAUUACCCAUUUGGCUGAGAGUCUGGUCACUGAUGGGUCAUGCACAUUGAGCUUCAAUAUCACAGACUGCUUAAGCCAGGUGGUUGCGAUCUCGGCAGGGCAGCAUUACUGUCAGUAAAGCAGUAAAGGGGAGGACUUGUAAGAUAUGCGUAUGCAGGGGCUCAGAUCAGGGCGGCUUUGACUUGCUUUUUGUGGAACUUAAAGAUCGACUGUACCUUAUACGUACACAGUCGUGAUUCCUCUACUAGUAAACAUUGUUUGCAGAGCCCUCAUAUCGGCUGCAAACAUUAGCAAUCAACUCUUGCUAUAAUAGAAAGGUUCAAAUGGAGCCCGAGUACGAGACUCGGGCUGAUGACGUGAGCGCCAACGCCGCCAACCACCAGCCCAGUCACCGCGCAAUUAAGGGAUGCAAUCGCCGGCACCCAUCCCUGCUCCGCUUCGGACGUCCGGCGCUCGGGGACGAGCGCCCGGAGCUGACGACGGUCCAGGAGGUGUUCUCGCGCGCGUACAAGAUGCUGAUGAAGCACAAGAGUCUGGAGAAGCAGCUGCUUGACAUCCCGUUUAAUCUGUGCCUCCUGCUGAAGGAAAAGCGGCCUGCGUUUCUGAUCCAGGCGGACAACCGCACAGCCCAUCUCCGUGCCAGCAUUGACGCGUGCCUCGCCGAGCUCAGCAGCAUCUUUGCGACCAUUCACACCUACCAGGGGCAGCUCGUGUGCCUCCAAUCGAGAGCGGAAGAGAUCCGGCAGACCAUGCUGGCGGACGGCAGCUGCUCCUGCUUCGGGCGGAUCCUGGGGUAUCCGUUUGCCGGGGAGCUCGACGAGAUCCACUGCUGCGAAGGGCGGUUCCGAGUUAACCUCAAAAUUUCCACGAGUGACAUGGAACUAGAGACGGGACAGGCCGCGAGCUUCCUGGCAAUGGUUGGCUGUCACAACCACUGCGUCUCUGACGUCAUGCGGAUGUCACUCGACUUCCAGGCCGUCGCCUCGGAGAUCUCCCCCACGCUGCGGGUCUCUUUUCUGGUGGACUUGUACAAUGACGAUCCCAGGCAGCGGAGUGACGUCACUUCAGGUGGCACCGGACCGCACCGGAGCCAUCACGCAGAGUGCAGCUUCGGCCACGUGGCGCCCUGCCAUUGGCCCAGCCAAGCGGGCGCGGCAUUCUCUCGGAGACAGCCCUUUCAGGCGGGAGCAAACGAAGAAAACGCGGGCUCGCGGGUGCCUAGAAAGAAGUCACCCAAGCGCAUCGCUUCUGAGAAGAGAUAUCAGUGCUCGAAGUUCGCCAAAUCUGAGCCGAGAGGGAUCGAGAAAGUUUGCAAACGGCACGAGCAGCCGUGCACGGUGACCCCGCGAGAGCGAGAAGGGUGGAGAAUGAAAUAAGGCCAAAGACGUUUGCGUUCAAUUCUUUGUGGGCAAUCAGUGCCCAAAACAUUACUGCUUGAACUCAAUCAUACGGAUGGCCGGUACGUUACCGUCUUGAGGAAAUCAUACUGUAUGUGUAGUAGAUGCAGUGCCGGCACAGGGGUGCAGGAAACUUGAAUUUGAACGGUUGCCAGGUUCAGGGACGCCAGAGGAUAACCGCCCACUCACUCGACUUGACUAAAGUCCGGCUACGUCAGGAUCCUCAUGACUUUUCGAAGUAGUGCAUUUUCCGCCCUCUGCUGCAUGGCACCUCCUAAGUUUAGAUCUCACUGCCAAAAGUAUCGUUUACAAGCCCCCAGCUUAUCGAAACUGAGUCUGAC